GAGUCGAGCGAAAGCCAGGAGCCGGGAGGGCCGUAGACCAGCAGGAGGAGUGCCGCGAAUAUUUCAAACAGAGAGUGUUCUUUAUUCUGGGCGCCAUCCUCAUCCAUUGGCGUUUUACGAAGCGUUUUACAUCACACCUCUGAAGCUUUCUCGGGAGCGGAUGGAAAAUGGCUUCGGGGGAAAGUGCCUUGCAAGAGAGGGCAGCAGCCUAUCUUCGCAACACCGCCAUGUUGGAACGUGCAAGGGAUGAGUAUGCUUCAGCUUUGGAAAUGGAGCUGCUGGAGCCACUAGAGAGAAAAAAUAGAAUCGGAGCCCUGGACGCAGCACACAAGAGGCUGAAGCAACAGUCGUUGUUGAGCCUCGAAAGCGACCCCUCGAUGCAGACGAAUAUAAAAGCUCUUCAGGAACAGCUGUCAAACAUGAUUGAGUGUUACUACAAAGACUAUCGCAUGACUCUCAGUAGAGCUCUGAAGGAACCAGAGUUAAAAGAUGGUGUGGCAGAACCAGGUGGGGAGCAACUUUCGGAGGAAUUCGAAAAGAUAUCGUAUUUUGGCAAGGCGAAACGAAAAGUCGUCGAGGGGCUGUCUGCUGCCAAAGACGCGAUAAUGCACUCGAAGCCACAGCCGCUGCAGGUAAUCGUGCCUUCAGACAUCGAAGAGAACCAGUACCUGCUCAAGCGCGAAGUAUUUGAGAACAAAGCGUGGAAAGAGGUUGAGCACCUGCCCGUGGUUGUCGUGUCGGUCGCUGGUGUCUUCCGUACUGGAAAGUCCUUCCUUCUCGACUACUUGAUCAGAUAUUUGGAACACAUCGAGAGCCAUGGGAACGCAGAGAACUGGAUGGGAGAUCCCAACCAGCCGCUGGAUGGCUUCUCUUGGAAGUAUGGACGGAAGAAGCACACACGUGGCAUAUUAUUCUGGGAGAAAAUUUUCAAAGUGAACACCCCGUCCGGCACCGUGGCUGUCGUCUUGAUGGAUACUGAAGGGAGUUGCGACAACACCUCUACCCUGGCGGCCAACACGACACUGUUUUCUCUCAGCAUGCUCCUGAGUUCAGUGCUCAUCUACAACGUCAUGAAAAACCUCAACCAAAGCAUUGUGGAAAACUUACAGUUUUGCGCCAACUACGCCAGCAUGAUCAAGAACAUGGAAGGCCGUGAAAACGACCAAAGCAACCAAGCCUUUCAAAAGCUACUCUUUCUUGUCCGUGACUGGGAUUUCGCCGAUGACAUUCCGUACGGUCUGGACGUCGAGCGCAAAGUAGUUCACGACUGGCUCUAUUUCGAUGAAGAGGUGGAUGCUAAGGUGAACGAGAUGCGAGCUAAUGUGACGGCCAACAUCACAGACAUGGACUGCUUUUUAAUGCCGUUCCCGGGGAAGAAACUCAGAUCUGCAAGCUUCGACGGAAGAGUCAGCGACUUGUCAGAAGAAUUUAAGCACCACCUGACGGCACUUGCUCGUUUCCUUUUCUCCCCGAAAAACCUGGCACCGAAACUGGCCAACGGAGGAAAACUAACUUGCAAGGAAUUCGCUGUUUUGUUGAAGACCUACUUCAUGAUAUGCAAAGAAGGAAAAUUGCCAGAAGUGCAGUCCGUGUAUAACGUAACUGCGUUCGUGCACAACAACAAGAUACUGCGCGACAUACAGAAUGACUAUGCAUCAUCCUUGCAUGACGAGUUCCCAAAGGUAUUGGAGAGUGGAGGAGGCCUAGAAGCACUGGAAGCGGUACACAGCUGUCUGAAAUCAGAAUGUAUGUCAAAGCUGGAGAAAGCUCCGAUUAUGGAGAGGAACACGGAGGCUAUUCAAGUGCAGCUUUCCGACAUGAUUGACUGCUUCUGGACAAGCUGUAGCAUGACAUUUCGCAGCGCCCUAAAGGAAGUCGAGUCGGCACGAGCCAGAGGUAACGUGAAGAGGAAUACAAGGCUGAACUGGAAAAGGUACGGGCACAGCGUGCGGAGUUGGAAGAGGAGAAAAAAGAGAUGGCAUUUAAGGGGGGAGAGGACGAGGAGGAGUACCGAAGGCGAUUGAGGGGCGUCGUCAUGAGAUGUAUGGAAGCCCAAGGAGUUGACCUGGAGGAGCAUGAUUCCCAGCACAGAGAUGCCCUGCAUUAUACUGCUUCAUGCGAAGUAAUCGUACUCGAAUUGCGAUUUGCGUUCUGGUCCUGACGGCACGCCAUCGUGGACGUCUUAAGGGGAUUAUCACAUCCGGGAACGUAUGUAGGUAACCAAUACGGUUACUCAUCGCUUCACAGUCAACUUGGUCAAGUUUCUCUUCGGAAAACGCAUCAAUUAGACCAGUUCUAAAGAUUCUCAUUCCCUCUGCAGCUCACAACAUGAUGACGUAGACCAGGCACACGAAUGGGAGCGCAGCGCAGGCGACUGUCUCCGAGGUCGUCUUCUUGACGAUCGCGUCCCAGUAUAACCGCUAACUGAAAAGUCGUCGGUAAAUACUCUGACUUUCGCAUACUAGCGCGAGUUAUUACGUGACCAUGUUGCGUGGAACACGGUGUUACACUCCUGGCUCGACGUCCGGCGCUAUUCAGAAACAACAUUCCGCAAGUCAAUCACAGAGCAGACGCGAUGACCUAGUUUGCGUGCCCUAGUGCGUCUCGGCCGCCCGCCUGUCGGUAGGUCGCUCGCCAGGGCUACCAAUGUCCCUCCAACAGCAUCCUGAUUGGUCUCGUCCGUGCCAAAGGGCGCAUCUCUGAUUAGCCUUGUCCGGGAGACGUUCCCAGAUAGGGAAUCGAGGAACACUCUGAAUAUGCGUCGUCAGCUCUUGCCAUGCGUUACGUCAAUCUUCUCGGGAACAACGCCACCAAUUCGUGUCGGAUUUUCGGCGUUAUUAGCGAGCUUUAGUACAUGAGAAUUAUCCUACGAAGACGAUACCAUAAAGGAAGUUAUGAAAUCGAAGCUUAGCACUGUGAUGUCACUCGAUCCAAAGACAGGGGAUUAUUGGCUAAAUCAUGUUUUCGGAAUCGUUUUUAGUGACGUAUCAUGAACACCUUCCGAUGGCACUAAAAUCCCCUAUUAUUAGUGAUGUACGCGGAAUAAAUCCGCACUACAGUCCGGGAAUGGACCGGGGAUGGACCGGAAUGGGUGUGAUAGUCUCUUUAAUACUCGUAAUCAUAAAAAAAAUGCCAGCGCUCGUGGUUAGCGGCAAGACCUGUAAAAAAACUCAUUCUGGUGUCCCUGAGCAUCGUUAUGCCAUAUCUUAAUUGUCGAGUAAUCAGUUUUUAUCAGGUAUUCUUCCAGUCAAACAUGCUGGUUUGCGCGUGUGGUUGGUGUGGGAUUUAUUAGCAGAAAAAAAAAAGGAAAACGAAAGAUGAAAGGUGAACGGACGGAAGGGGUCGGAUACUGCCGGUUGCUACUAAUGAUUGAUAUGGACACUGGUGCUAAUACUCACACUAAAAAAAUAAAAAUGAAACAAAAUUAUUUCAACCUGAGACCUGCUUCUUAUAUAUGCAUGGCUUCCAGCGACAAGUGUUUCAUAGCAGAGUAAAUUGUGCUUGUCUUUAAAACCCAGUCUGUAUGCUCUUCCUUACACACGGUGAUCGUUACGAAGUUGAUGAUGAUGUGGAAUAUACCGAUAUGGCGAUAUAUUUAUUACGCCUUCUUUUUCUAUCUGUUUCCGCAGGAAGACAAGGAAAAACUAGCAGAUGAGAUCGUUGAGGAUAACCCAUUCGUUUUGCGAAUUCUUCGUUACAUUAAAGCAUUUUUCGGGAA